AUGGGUGUAGAAGCGGGAUUUGAAGAUGAAGGACAUGCAGGUGUGGUCGUGGGAGAAGAAUUUGGUGGCGCCAUCGUGGAAGUAGCUUAUCACAUUUCUUCUUUCGUACCCUGCAUGAAAUGCACACUUGCUCCGACGUCUGUGUCUCACUGGUCGACAUCCGGUAUUGGUCUCGAAACGGCAAAAGCAUUGUCAGCCACAGGUGCUGCUCUGUUCCUGACCCGUCCGAGACAUGAAGACAGCCGAGAUGCUCUUGCUGAGAUUAUAGAGCCCGGUCGUAUUACGGUAGUAGAGAUGGACAAAGCUUCUUUUGCUAGCAUUCAAGCUGCUGCCAAGGUUAUCCUCAAGAAAACGAAGGAUCAAGUCAAUAUACUCAUCAACAACGCUGACGUUAUGGGUAUUGAGGAGCUUAAAUUUACCGAAGACGGACACGAAAUAACCUUUGCUUCCAACUAUCUUGGUCACUUCCUAUUAUUGCAACUUCUCAAGCCUGCCUUACUUGCUAGCUCGCGAUGCGGAGGAUAUAAUUAUGGAUCUGCAUAUGCGAUUUCCAACCUCGCCAACAUAUAUGGCCAACGAAAUAGAUCGUCGCUAUGGCCAUAA